GCCAUCUUGAGCCUAUAGCAAGCAACGGACACAGAAAGGCAGAAAAAAGGAGUAAAAUAGAGCAGCUCAGCCUGAGGAAACAGGGAUAUGUCCGCUAGAACCAAGUACAUAUGAAACAGUAAAGGUUGAAUACAGUGGACAGUAACGGAGACGGUAAAACAGCGAUCUAAGUGCCUCGAAUACCAGGACCUAACGUUACAAGUCAUCUUUUUUGACCGGAGUAGGAAGGAAGAGUCGAGUCGCCGACAGAAAAAUACGUCCAGAGUGAAACCAUGAAUCCCGAAUAUGACUAUCUGUUCAAGCUUCUGCUCAUCGGAGACUCCGGAGUGGGAAAGUCCUGUCUCCUGCUGCGCUUUGCUGAUGACACCUACACAGAGAGCUACAUCAGCACCAUCGGAGUGGACUUCAAGAUCCGUACCAUUGAGCUGGAUGGCAAGACCAUCAAACUGCAGAUUUGGGACACUGCAGGUCAGGAGAGGUUCCGUACCAUCACCUCCAGUUAUUACCGUGGAGCCCAUGGCAUCAUAGUUGUAUAUGAUGUGACAGAUCAGGAAUCCUACAACAACAUCAAGCAGUGGCUUCAGGAAAUCGACCGCUACGCCAGUGAAAAUGUCAACAAGCUUCUGGUGGGCAACAAGUGUGACCUGACCACUAAGAAAGUAGUAGACUACACAACAGCCAAGGAGUUCGCCGACUCUUUGGCCAUCCCCUUCCUGGAAACGAGCGCCAAGAACGCUACCAACGUAGAGCAGGCCUUCAUGACCAUGGCCGCGGAGAUCAAGAAGCGCAUGGGCCCCGGGGCCACGGCCGGCGGUGACAAGCCCAACUUAAAAAUCGAGAGCACCCCCGUCAGGCAGUCCGGAGGGGGCUGCUGUUAGAGGAUCCCUCGCCCCCCACCACCUUCACAACCAUCUCCACUUUCUUCCCCUUCUGUGUUCCCUUCCGUCAUCUCUGCCACUCCCACACCCCGCCAUUCCUCCAUAACACCCUGUAACCCACGACUGACUCCCCUCUAUCAGCCUGGAGAUCCGGUGACAGUUGGCCAGACAGAGGAGUAAACAGUUAGUGUUAACAUCCAAAAAGAGUUAAUUCAGGCCUGCACACCCAGCAGACCACAGAAAGAGGAAGGCAACCAGUCUGUGAGGGAGGGACAGAAAUGGACACCGAGGAAACUUUUACUUUCUGCCAAGAGGACAGAAAGAAAACAGAUCCGGGGGAAGAUUGAUAUUGAUUUAGAGUGGAAUGGAGGCAGUGGAAGAUUAGAUUUAGAUAUCGGUGAACUUAUCUCUACACACACACACACACACACACACACACACACACACACACACACACACACACACACACACACACACACACACACACACUGCCGUGGGGUGGCAGGGGGUUAAAGAGAUUCAAGCCUUUUGGCUAAACACCUUCCUCCUCAGGCUGUCUUGGCUGAUCUCAUCUUAUGGCAAUCCCCACACCUCGCCCCAGCGUAAACGUAUUUACCUGCACACACACAGGUGCAGUGUGCCUCAGUCACACACUGUAAAUGCUCUGUACACAGUAGGAAGUGUUCCUGAAUAGCAGUAACAGUGACUCAUCUUUUCCAUUUAUUGAAGAAAGCCUCCUCUUCCCUUGCUUCCACUCUCACUGUCUUAAGGUGUGUUCAGACAGAAAGGGAAUUUUCUGAUCAUUCACAUGAAUUUGGCAAGCAAACAACCAGUGUACCAACUGAUGUGAUGUUAGCUGUAAGCUAGCUAGAAAUGGACUCUUCGACCGUGCGUGUAUGUGUUCAACUCAGCCUCUGAUUGAACUUCUUUUGUUAUUUCUCUCAAGUCUGUCUUCAUAUUCCACCCGUCUCUGAGUUUUUUUGCUCGAGUGGAAACCUUUUCUGCGACACUACUACCAGACGUGUCUUCGCCUCAGUUGGAUGAAUUUGUGUCUGUUCAUGCCCAUUUAAGUCUUUACAUUGACUUUACACGCAUUUGCACCAGCUCUGAAGUUCACCUUGCGUUCUAUCUGAGCACACCUUUACGGUCUCAAUGCUUCAAGCAUGCUAGGAGGAGCUGUAUAUACAGACAAUGGAAGUAGUUGUGUGAACAAAAAAAGAGAGCUUGCUUUCAAAACCCCUCACACGUAGCUAAUUGACCCUUCCUGAGUCCCACCCCUCAGCUUCCUCUUUUACUGUACUUAGAUAUGCUAUGUGGUAGGCUAGCCUGUGUUGAAAAGACAACCACAAUUUGAAGAUGGUUAAAAGAUAAAAGUCACAUAUAUAUAUAUAUAUAUAUAUAUAUAUAUAUAUAUAUAGUUGCAUCUUAAGUUUGCUAAUUUUAGCCGAACACAAGCUAAAUAGUUAAUUAUCGCUUGUAAUUUAUCUAAUUAGUUAGCUAGAGUAUUGCUAGCACUAGCUUUCAAAUGUAACUAGCCAGCUAACGGUUGAUGUAAAUUAGCUAGCUAGUUAGCUUGUGUUUUUGAUAAUAUUAGAUCACUUAAGAUGUGACGAUACUGUAUAUAGGUCACUUUUAUCUUUUAACCAUCCUCAAAUUGUCUUUUCAAAGUAGCCUAGCCUAGCACAUAGCAUAUCUAAGUACAGGAAAGGAGGAAGUUGACGAAGGCAAAAGGGGGUGGGGCUUAGGAAGGGUCAAUUGAUCUAUAAAGUGAGCAUGAUUGUCAAAUUAAAGAUACAAAAAUCGUCAAUUCCAAUCCCUUAAUUCCACCAUGAAGCAUACUGGUCAGAAGUUGGCAAAGCAACAUUUAUUUUGCACUCUCAUGAAACAAGCUAGGUAGCAUAGCGACUACUUGUGCGGCUAGUUGGCAAGCUGCUGGGGCCUGUGAGCAAACAAGCCAGCUAGCUAGUUCCCUCAAGAGACCACCAAUGUACCAUCGACUCUUGUCUGUUAACCAUGUCUCUUAUAUAAAGUGGAUGGCACAACACAGCUAACAUGAUAGCCUCCUCCACUUUGUUCCCUCAAAAGUCAGAAGACGGCAUGCGAUUUCUCGAUGGCACAAAUGAUUGCAUCAAAAAGAAUCAACAAAGUUAAACUAAGGAAAAGCUUUGUGCAGAUUUAAUUCAAGUGAUUCCAAUGAAAUAAAUUGCCUUUGGCUCAGAAUGUUGCUGUUAUUAAUGCUGGUGUGACCAGGCCCCAGUAAUGAGGUCACACGCAGGAGAAGAGAUCUCCAUGCAAAGACAGACUGUAGUACUUGCUGGGAGCAUUAACCGAGGCAUUCUUUAACCAAACCCCCUGCAGGAACCAUUGGCGGGUCAGUUGAUUCCACAUGUAGAUGUCAGAGCUCGGAUGGAGGUGGUUGUCAUGGCCAUAUAUGGUGUUAGUUCUUUUUUUUUUAGUCUUCAAAGGAAUAAUUUCAAGUGUAAAAGAAAGCAAUGUGACAAAAUGCUGUGACAUUUAGCACGGUGACUUCCUGGAAUGACACUAAACAUUACAGUCCCGCUGCCCACGGAUAUGACAAGAGUGAGGGUGUGUGACAUCUUUGACAAACCGAAGCAAUUGGCAGUAUUCUGCAUUGAUCUUACAAUUACUCUUUUAUUAUUGUUGUGGUUUGAUUGUUUUUUAUUUUCUCAUCGAGAGAGACAAUUCGUACAGUUAGCUUCAGCUGUCACGUUCAGUUCGUGACAGGUAGGUUUUAGGGUGUCGUUUCGUUCUGGCUUGUUUGCAGAUGAAGCUGAGGUAGAGAUGUGGUGUGGGUGUGUCUGUUGGCUGAGGGGGUGGGGUCUUACUGAAGAUGCUGUUCCUUCCCCGAGGUCGUCCCGUUUGUUAUAGCUGUGUCCCAUUGUCUUUUAGUCCCUGUGUAUUUCUGGUUCCUUAUCAAAUGCUCUAAUGCUCCAGUUUGUGCCACUUGUGUAAUCCGUCUUUCUACAUUUGAUUCCUCAACAAUAACUACUAAGGCCUCAAUAUGCUUCAAAUGAACAAGGUUGUACGAAAUGUUGUCCCACAUCAUCUAAAGACAAAAGUGUACAGCUGUUUCUGUUGAUGAUUUGACGAUUACUUUGUUUGCAGUAUAAUGAGGCCUUUAUAUUCAACACGACAGGUUGUUUAACACAGUGAUUCCCAACCAUGGGAACUUGUACCCCAGUGGGUACUUCUGCUGUUGCCAAGGGGUACAUGGAGAGAUUAUAAGAAGAGCUCAACUAAUUUGAAAAAAUGUAAUCAAUGAUGUGGUUGUAGUAGUAGUUCAGGAGGUUUCUACCGGGAGCCCAAUUAUCCACAGAGGUCUCCUCCUCUCCAAAACAAACAGACCCGCUGAUUAAAGCCACUAAACACACUGAAUAAAGCAGUUCCACCUUAACAAUCACUGCUUCUCCCACGCUGUUGGACAGACAAAGGACGUCCCGGUGGGAUGACUAAAAUCCUUCAUCUGGUUCAAAUCUAGAGUUAAACAGCACCAAGAUCUAAACAGUGGAUGGUAACAAUGUGGCUUCAGACUGGAUCAACAGUCAAUGUAUGACAGCUUCUGGCAGACAACCACAACGCUGACGCAGGCACAAAGAGGAUAUGACGCCAUAGGCGACCGGUGAAACACAGCGUUACCUGAAUAAAAUGACAAGUAAUGAUGUGUCUAUAGACAUUUUAAUGCCGAAAUGUUAGAUAUUAUAGAUUUAAAUUGUAUGAAAAUAUUGUAACAUCCACCAAUAUAUCUUUUUUUAUGUGACUAUGGGGGUUAUUCAUACCAAAAAGGUUGGGAAGCACUGGUUUAAUUCCUGCAGUAAUGUCCGCAAAGCUGUGGACAUGGACAUUGAUAGACUUCCCCUAUCCUUUUGAACAUUCUUGAUGAUCUUCAAAAAUUGUAAUUCCUCAUUAAGGUGAAAGGUGGCUGAAAGCUCUGAAAAAAGGCACUUAAGUGUGCCCUGAGUUAAGAGAAACUGGCAAACUUGAUCAGAAGCUUUGAGUAAAGAAGAGAAUGAACCUCCAGUGAGGUUUGAUACCUUCUUACUUACAGAGGAGCAAACUGGAGCUAGCAGUUCCCCUUGUCGCUGUACCAAGACAGCUAUGUACAGACCUGAUGAUCUGCCAACGGUUGGUGUAGUAAGGGUGGAAUCGGAGGUGGGUGUGAGGCUAUGAGCGGCUCUCAUAGUUGUGUUAGGUCUCUGCGGUAUUUCCAGGGAAACUGGAAGGAAUGUGAGGAAAAGAGCAACCCUCUGCCCUUAUAGAGGGGCCUCUACGUAAAGAACUCAACACUCUGCCCACCGUUUUACCCUGUUUUACACAGAACUGGAACAUUUAGUGAUGUUGUAUACCACUUUAAAGAGUGCAUAUACUAGAAGUAGCAUUCUAAGAACUCUGGUAUGGUUGUACACAGCAGGGAGAUGUCCGUGCUCAGAAGCUAAUGGUGUUCCAUUUCAAACCUGAGUUCAUCACUUGUGUGGCGUUGGGGGCGUCCAGAGGUUAAGGGACUGACUGGUCUUUGUUUGCUGACCGGAUAUGAACUCCCCAACUCUCCCCUCCAGCCAACCAGGUCGGUCAGUGUAUUUUGCAGCCAACUGAUUUUCUUUAAAAUGAGAAACGAGCCUGUUUUCUGUUGUUUUUUUGUUUUUUUAAAUAAAAAUGGAAAACCGACCCGUAUUUAUAAAUGUAGUCAAGAUUUUGGUUUUCUCAUUUCAAAAUGAAAAUCUGUUGGCCGCAGAGUACACUGACUGACCCAGGUGACUGCAGUGUGAUGAAUCCUCCCUGACUGGCCCCUCCUCCUCAGAUAAGAGAAUCUCACCCAGGCUUUGGUUGCACUCCUGGUUUCUCUCUGCAAGAACUUUUCUGCUGCCGCACGGUCCCAAAGAGCAUGCAGCUGCAAAAGUGCAAUCUCAGCUCUAAACACAUGUUGAGGACAGUGAAGCCUCAUCACCAUCACUUCAGCUGCGGAGUGAUCAGAGCGAAGCAUGAUGUCGGCCGCCUCUAAUCACAUUGGCACCACGUGGAGACGUGCGCAGUGGCAUCGUUUUACACUGGCGUAUUGGGAGCAUUUUCAGCCCUGUUGAGCUAAUCUGGAAUGCUGCAGUUUGUCGGCAGGACUGGAAUCUGCCAUUAAAGGGGGAGGGAAGGAAGCAGUGAGUGUGUUGUGUUUGUGUAUAGAGUGGGGCAAGGGUGCGUGUAACAUUCCUGAGUUUUUUGGACACAUGUUGGCAUUGUGCCAGUCUCACCCGAGUAGAUGCAGAACGAGCUAUCAUUCGAAACUUAACACUCGAGACACACACACACACACACACACACACACACACACACACACACACACACACACAAUACAUACAUAUACUGGAUGUCCUGCAGUUUGAUUUUCUUUUUUAAACUUUUCUUUCAACAAGUCUUGAUAUUCUACUGAUUUUAAUGUAUUCAUUGAAUACUAUACUGUGUUGUCUAGUCCAUGGAAGUAUGAGGGGACACUGGGCAGGGUGGGGGCUCUGAUGUUGGGUGGGGCUUUUGCUUAUGAAUGUGAUUCUGAUGAAACACUUGACUCUUCUUCUUUUGUUCACUUUUUGUAUUCAUUUGGGUUGAAGGGGGUGUUUUCCAUUUGCACACUUGUCCAUCGCUGUUCAAUGGCUUAAUAAAGGCACUCACUAGGUGUUGUUUGUUAAUAAAAAGCACCGAGCAGGAGCUCGCCUGUCAGUCACCUUCUGUCUUUUUUUCAGUUUGGCUUGUUCACUUUGGUGCUGUCUCCCUGCUGAGUUUGAUCAUGUUUUUUUCUGUACAUAUUAUAAAUAUAUAUAUAAUAAAAUGAUGAAAAAGAUCAAUGUCAACAGAA